AUGACGGAAAUGUACUCGGGGCUCCAUGCGGGCCAACGAUUCAGCUCGCUCGAAGAUUUCAAGAACUUCAUUCGGAGCAUCUCCGUCAGACAGCAUUGGGAUCUCCGGGUGGUGCGAAGCAACAAGAAGAGUGUCGUCCUUGGCUGUCGCUCCUCUCCCAACUGCUUUUUCCGGGUCGUGUGCCGCGCGAACAAGAAUGCGACUUACAUUACCAGCCUUCAAGAUGCCCACAGUUGUCGUCGAAAUGCGGCGUCGUCGGGGACCCCUGCGCGGUCAGAGGCGUCUCAUGUUCGGUUUCUGCUAAACGAAAUCCCAAAACUGUUCGAUAUGAAGAAUAAGAUCAAGGGCCAGGACGUCGUGGAGGCUGUCAAACGGUAUCAUGGCUACGAUAUCUCCAUGAGACAGGCCCAACGGGCUUUGACCAAAUUACAACCGCGGCAGCCAAAAGCGCCUCAGGAGCAACCCCGGGAUGGCGGAGGAGAUGUGCCGCAGUCGCAGGCAGCGCCACCGGCUCCAGGACAACCAGAGAACGGAGCGGAGUUCACGAAUCUUACGGAGGAUCGAUGGCCUCAGAAUGAGCUUCCGCAUACGCUGGUCCAAGGCGGAGGCAUGGAUCAGAAUGGCACUUCACCGGAUUCUACUGCUGCACCGCAAUCGCAUAGCCAGCCGGUAUCCAUCAUAUCCCACCAGAGCCAGGCACCUCCCUCGGAGUCCAGGUCCGUUCCGCAUCAUCCAUCACAGAUGAAUACGCUGCCACCACCGCCGCAGCAAUUCGCCCAACCACCGACCCAAAAUCAGGUCCCUCCACAAGUACCUCCACCGCAAUCCACCCCCAAGUCCCAGAGACAGCAGCCGCCUCCCCAGAGCGGCCAUCCGGCGGCCGCUCAGUUGGUGCUUACGAACUUCAAGAUCGAGUUCACUUGCACUACGUGUGGUGCCAUGAACCAGUGCUUCUUCCCGAAUCAGGGGAACGUUACGGGCAACAGUUAUCUACCACCACAGCCUGUACCACACCAGAGUAAUCCUCGCGCGCAGCCCGUGGGCGCGGUCACGAAUGAAGCAGCGGGCAACAACACUGCGAACGGGUUUAAUGGCGAUGAGUAUCAAGGCAACCCUGCGGGUCAUGGUCGUAAUAUGCCGUCUCCGUGGGCACCAGGAGGACUCGAGGUGCCAAUCACUCCGGCAAACGGAUGA